AUGUUAGUCCGUCACCCGUUUCUCGCGUUGCUCGCGUUGCUCGCCGCUCCAACUCAAGUCCUCUCGAGGGGAGGAGGUCACGGUGGCUCAAGCAGUGGAAGCGACAGUGACAGUAAUAGUGGGAGCGGAGGGAGCAGUGGCGGAUCGUCUGGCAGCGAUUCCAGUGGCAGUGACGACACCUCUUCAACUUCGGAUUAUGAAUGGGGUACCAGCUGCUCAGAUACAUACCUCCUCAACUUUGAAGAUCUUCAACCGUCCCACUACGAUCAAUACAAUCGUGAUCCACGUGCCGGCCAUGCUAGUGCUUACAGCGACUUUGAUGGCGUUUUCUUUAAGGGAUUUGGCAGUUAUAAGUACACAAUAAAUGUCCUACCAGGCAACAGGACUGAGCCAGAUUCCUACAUUCUCUAUGAUCUUGAAUGUCCCGUUGGUCAACAAUCAUUCCGCAUAUUGGGGGCUGCGUGGGUAGCUGGUAGGCCUCCCAGGCCGGCGGGACCCAAGAAUCCCAUCGCGAUCGGGUUCAAGGCCUGGAAAAGCAAUGUUCGCUUGUCCGACAUUGACCAUUCAUACAGCGUGUGUGACGACGACGUGGAUCUAUUGCACUUCGGUACGACAGUGGACAUGAUGCAUAGCGACGACGGUGAUGAUUCCCCUACCGAGGCCAUGGAUGCUGUGGAAUUGAACAUUACCCAGUCGCCCAAAAACCCUGACCAGAUCCUUUUCGAUGGGAUAUAUGAUUUGAAGGACUGGGAAAAUAGCAAAAGAGGCCUAGAAAAAGAAAGAUUCGAUGAUGCCGGUCUUUGGGACCAGAUGCUUUACCUCCCACCCAGUACAUGUCGCGAGGCCAGCGGCAAUGUUGGUCAAGCUAUGAUGAGAUGGGCCGGAACUCACGUCAAUGGCUCUAUGACCAACGAUACCCUCGAACUCACCCUGUCUGGCAGCACGAUUGCCGGAUUUCCACGGGAUUUCAGCGACAACAGUACUUAUGCAAAUGUCACUUUCGCCAUCAAAUUUACGGGAUACUUGGACCAGGCAAAUUCCACACAGGUGGUGUUGACAGGUGCAGCGAGUCAGAAUGAGACAUUGGUCGCCUUCGAGAGAGCAAACGGUGCCACCGAUCAAACACUACCUUUAUACCUAUUAGCUUUCUCUGUGUUCAUCAGCUGUAUAAUAAUAUGA